GCCCGUUUGCGAUUGACCUUGGGUGCCUCGUAGCCUGAACUAGAAUGCAUGUUUUGAUGCGCCUUCAUCAUCAGCAUUCGUUUAGAUGAGAAUGCUGUACACACACACGCCACGACAAAAUGAUCGGGUAAUACUCAUUUGCUAGCCGUCGUACCCGUCAGCCAUGAGUUCAAGCAAGCUGUCACUCGUAGCCAGAUAUGACGACCUCCUAUGCAAUACGGCCGUUCUGACUGCGGGCAUCGAAUCAGAGUUCGUCAGCACGAUACAAUACCAGGAUGGCUGUUGGAAAAGGUUGCAGAGUGUACAGGAACAGUUGCUGGAUGCGAAUAACUUGAUAAACAAGUUGCGAGGUGAAAAAACAACACUGGAAUCUAAACUAGUGCAUGCACGGUGGCAGAUUGAAAAUGAGAUGGGGAAGAGGCAGAAGGCUGAGAAUGAAAUUGAGAAAUUGGAAGAAAAGCUGAGCAUGAUACGUAAGGUUAUGCAGAAUUCAGGUCAGAACCAAUCUGAAGAAGAUAGACGAAUGACCAUGCUCACUCUGCUAGAUAGGCGCCCUUUGACUGCCGGUGCCACCUACAGGAACCAAAGCAGGGUGUAUGGUGCAGGGGACAGGUACACAGGUGAGGACAUGUCCUGCGCUUCACUUAACUCGGCUUCUAUCACUGGCGACCUCCUCUCUACCUCGCAAUGUAGUGGGAGCGACUGUACGAAUUGCAGUGAACUGCUGCUGACACCUGUUGUGAGGAACACGAAACGAGUGGAUACUACAGAGUUGCAAGUGGAGCGGCCGCAUGCUGUGUCAAAAAGGCGGCGCGGAGAGGAUGGCGAAGUGAAACAAGUUGAGCAAGAAGAGUCACUGAUGAGCAAAAUCAGCGUCGUUUUGAGUGAUGUUUCGGAUGUCACAGACAGUAAUCCUUUUGACUUUGCUCAGCUUCCUCCCCGAAAGAUGUUCAGAAGAAGCAUGAGUGAAUCCCAGCUCAGCAUCUCUCGAUCACAUAUUGAUGUGGAUGAAGCUGAGGAAGUCACACCAGCUGUGGCCCAACGUGAAGGAGGCAGGUGUCACAGUGCAACGAAUUCACCGGGCAACUCACGCUCAAGCCAUGUCAUAAUGGUGUCCCCAAAGAGUGGCCUUCACAUGGGUCUUUACAAGGUCCAUGAUUUCUGCUCCAAAACCGUCUUCACUCUUGAGACCUGCGAUCCAUGUCAAGGUCGUAUCAAGUUUGGCAAGACGGCAUUAAAAUGCAGAGAUUGCCGGAUCAUUUGUCAUGAGAGGUGUGGAAGUCAUGCCACUGUGCCAUGCAUCCCCUACCGUGUACCAACCAUGGCCACUGCAGUGAACUCCAAGGGGGUUGUUGCUGACUAUGCACCGUUAGAUGGUGCCAGGGUUCCUGGUCUCAUAGUGCGAUGUGUCAUGGAGGUGGAAGCAAAAGGGUUGUCGGAGAUUGGCAUCUAUCGUAUACCGGGGUCGGUCAAAGAAGUGAAAGAGCUGAGUGAUGCCUUCAUGAAAGGAAAGGGCCCACAAUAUUUGGCAAAGAUGAGUGAAAUACACACGGUAUGCAGUGCCAUUAAGGCAUUCUUGCGUGAUCUGAGAGAACCGCUCAUCACCUACCAUCUGUGGAAGGACUUCACCAGUGCUGCUGAGAAAGAUAGUGUGGAACUGCUGGUGACCGCUUUGAACAGGCUUCCUAUUGCUAACAGACACACACUUGCCUUUAUGGUGGCACAUCUGCAAAAUGUCAAAAGGAACAAAGCAACACAAAUGACAGUGAUCGGCCUUGCACGUAUUUUUGGACCAUGUCUGGUGGGCUAUAGUGACCCCAACAUCAACGCCAACGCCAUGCUAAUGGAGUCCCGACUACAGUCGGCUGUUGUGGAGCUACUCCUGAGACUACCGCACAGCUUCUGGGAUGGAGUCUUGCGCACAGAGCUGCCACCUAGGGAAGGCACAACCAAGACACACCUGACACUGCCUCCCACCGUGGCUAUCUCACCAAGGACACCCGACACUCUGCCAGUCUCUCAUCUGCAUAGCAUGCUGGGCUCACUGCGGGGUAGUAGCAGCAAUGCCACUUGUACGAAGUCCCCUGGAUCAGCACCUCCUGUCAACACUGACAGCACUCAACGAGGAAUCGGCAAGAGUCAGAGAUGGUCAUCGGUGAAAGGUGGUAAGGUUGUAAAGCAAUUUUUCGCAUCUCCCCAGCUACAUUAGAGCCAUCUAAAUCGACACCAACUGUAUCAGUGUCAUUUGGAGCUGCAUCAGCCUGACCCUUGCCAUUGCGUCAGUGUGAUAAUGAGCACGUAUAGUUGAAUUAUAUCCAAUUAAUAUUUAUAACAACAAAUUAACAGCAGAGUGUUUAUAUCAAAGUAUUUUUGCAAUCAAAGAACUAUGAAAAACAGGAGCAGAAUAAAAUCGAUAUAAUAUUUCUUUAUUAACUGUUUUAAUUGUGGAUGUUUUUGUAUUUGCACUUGUGCUGGAAUAUUGUUUUUACACGUAUUUGUGAGGUAAAAUGUAUUGUAACAUGGAUUAAAAUGUCACCUUUAUUGUAUGUUUGUUGCUAAAUAAAUUUCAUAAUCUAAA